AUGACUGCUGGUUCAAUAUCUGCUCCGUCGAUAAUUCCAUUACGUGUUGGAUAUACACAAAAAUUUUCAAUUGAUACAAAUACACUGAUUGAAUUACGUAGUGAUACAAAUGAUGUAGAUAUUUAUUAUACAUUAGAUGGUUCUAAGCCAGAUGCAUUUAUAACAUUAGCAACACGACGUUCGACUAUACAAUAUAAAAAACCAUUUUAUAUUCCAAGAGAACUAGUUAAUACAGGCAAAGUAACAAUUAAAGCUAUAGCUGUAUCACGUGAUGGAAUACGAGAAAGUGUUAUAGUAACAAAAAUAUUUGAUGUUAAAAUUGUUCCAUCGGAUCAUGCAGUAUCCGAUGAAUAUCAAAAUCGAUAUUUAUGUGAAUUACAACAAGAACGAAAGGAAUUAAUGAAAAAAAUGCAAAAUGAAAAUGAACAAAUGCAACAAAAAUUAUCUGAAUCAAUGCGUCGUUCAACAAUUGAUCCAUUAGUACAAGAAAAUCCAUCUAAUUAUACACAUUCGAACUCUCAAACACAAGCAAAUCAUUUUACACAACAAACAAAUGUUUUAAGAUGUGCUCAUUGCUUUGCACCAAAAGCAAAUGAUUUAUAUACACGAUUUUGUACAGAAUGCGGUCUACCUUGGCAAAAACUAACUCACAAUCCACCAGACACCUAUCCAACUAACAUAUGUAAAAAAUGUAAAUCUACAAUUCCAUUUAAUUCUAAUGCAUGCGUUGUUUGUGAAACACCAGCAUCAAUAGAACCCCAACAACGUCCACCUACUCAAAAUCAGACAAAAAUUCUAUGUCCUUAUUGUAAAUCAGGAAAUCCAAUACAUUUACGAACAUGUUAUAUUUGUGAAAGUCCAUUAAUGCCAACAUCAACAACACCAGAAAAACGAAGUUCAGUUUCAGUUCCAUCAGUAUCCAAACAAACCGAUACAAUAAUGAUGACAUGUUCAAAAUGUCUUCGUUUAAAUAAUCCUGAUGCUCGUUUUUGUGAUUGGUGUGGUGCAUAUCCAGAACAUGCAUCUACACCAAUACAAUGUACAAAAUGUCGAACUAAUAAUGAUCCAUUUGCAAAAUUUUGUUCAGCAUGUGGAUGUGUUAUUGAAACACCAUUACGUGUUAUUGAUACACGUCUUAGAAAUGAUUUAAAUAUUUCAUCUUCAUCGAUGAUUGCUAAUACGUUAACACGUAAUUCGGCAAGUCCAGUAUGGCUUAAUGCAAAUACAACAUUGACUCCUUAUCAUCAACCAAAUUCAAUAAAAAAAAAUGAAGCUGCUACACAAACAUAUGGAAUUUAUUAUCCAAGUGCAAAAGAUAUUGAUUUAAUAAUAACACAAAAUAAACAAUUAUUAGCUGAACAAGAAUCUAAAGAACAUCGUCCAGUAUUAACAGCUACAAGUCCAGGAAAAGGAUAUUGGCGACAACAAUUAGAUCAUAUUUCAGCUCAUUUAAAAGCUUAUGCAGUUAAUCGACCUGAUUUUCAAUCAUUGAUUGGUGAACCACGUAUGGGUAAAAUGAUUCAUGCAACUGUACAUGAAAAUGAAUAUCAAGUAACUGUUCAAGCAGUAUUUCGUAAACCAGAGAAUCUUUCUCGAUCACCAUUCUUUAUUAAUGAAACAAAUGAAUAUUAUCCAAUAAAUAGUGAACGAAGUUCAGCAUUUUCAAGUACAAUCUAUUCUGAUGGUGAAUAUCCUAGAGAAAAAGUACAACGAACAAAAGUGAAACAUCGUACUAAAAAACGACCACAAUCAGCUAAUGCAAAUAAUACUACUACUACUAAUAGUCCAACUCAUGCAUUAAUCCGAUUACUUGAGAAAAAAAACAGUGAUUAUAAUAAAUCAUCACAUAGAAUCAAUGUAUUGGAAGAAGUUCAACAAUUACUGAAAGAAAAGGCUAAUCCAAAUGUUAUAAAUAAAUAUGAUUAUCCUGCUCUACAUUUGGCUGUGCUUAAUGGACAUUAUGAAUGUUUAGAAACAUUAAUCAAAGAUGGAAAAGCUAAAUUAGAUAAAAAAGGACCAGAAAAUAUUGAUUUUCUUUUGUUUCGUAGACGAGGCAAUACAGCAUUACAUGAAUGUUGUUUACUAGGAGCCAAUGGUAUUGAACCAUUAGGAAUUCUUCUCAAACUUGGAGGUGAUGCAUCUUGGUUAAAUGAUAAAAAUGAAAAUGUUGUUGAUUUAGCAUCAAAACAAAGUUGUCCAGAAUUAUUACAAGUUAUUGCAAAAUAUCGUGCUAACAAAAUAAUAAAUCAACCAAUGAAAAGUUCUUAUGAUGAUCAUGCAAGAACAACAACUGUUCAUGGUUAUCGUUCAUCAGAAAAAUCAUAA